AAAGUCAAGCACUUCCGGGACAUUGUUUGCAGAUUGAAAAUGUGCGAGGUUGACACACAUUUUCUGCUAAUAUUAUGUAAACCCUAGAGAGUGCUAUAUCAGCUGUUAUCUGUGAACUGAUACAAGUCAUGGAAUCAGGCAAAAUGCCUGGGGAAGGAAGUAAAAAUAAUGGUCAUGAUGCCGAUGUUGCAGUAAAACGAUCAGGCCGCUGUAUCAAACGCAGUGCAAAAUAUGAUUCUGAUGAUUGUGAACCUCUGGAGAAGGCUGCUGUGAAUUUCAAGCCAAUAAAGAGAUGCCCAACUAAAGGAUGUGCAGCAAUAACUCCAAUAUGUUUUGCCAAAUCCACGGAAAAGUGUUGUGGAAGUGGCUACACAUCCCGGUGGUACCACAUGUCUUCAGGGGAACACUUCUGUAAUGAGUGCUUUGAACAUUUCUACAGAGGCCACAAAGAUGGGUACAAUGCAUUUGCUGAGUGGAAGGUGGACUGGUCAACCUAUGGUCGAUCAGAACCCUCCACCAAGGCGUUCAUGAGUGACAAGAUGCUGCCAUAUUGGUUACAGUGUAAUAAGCCUCCGUGUCGACGGUGGCGCCAAAUGACACGUGAUGCCCAUGUAACAUCAGAAUUGGUGCACAACUAUGUGUGUGGCAUGUCGCCUCUUGGUGUGAAGAAAGAAAAGCAGUACCAAGCUUGUUCAGUACCUGAAGAUGAGGAAUGGCUGACAGUGGAUAAAAUUGUUCCUGACCUUAUUUGUCGUGGCAUUACGCGUAUCCGGUGUGUGGAGGAUCUGGAUCGUAUCAUCUGGUUUCUAACACGGAAAGGUUACAUUAACACUGGUCUUCUGUCACCUCCAACAGACCUCAGACCACAGACCAAGCUGCAGAAGGAGGUGUUAAUCAUUGGAGGUGGGAUGAGUGGCCUCUCAGCAGCAAGAGCUCUCAAGAACUAUGGUUGUAAGGCGGUGGUGUUGGAAUCGCAGAACCGGCUUGGAGGGAGGGUCCAUGAUGACACGAGUUUCGGAGCAGUGGUCGGUCAAGGGGCACAACUCUUGGCAGGAUGCUAUAACAACCCUGUUGCCAUAAUGUGCAGUCAGGCUGGACUGGAGCUGACUCCGGUAAGGGAACACUGUCCUCUCAUCACAGAGGAGGGGCAUGUUGUUACAGAGGAUGUUGAUCGCAGAAUUGACUUCCACUUCAAUGCAAUGCUGGAUAUCAUUGCUGAGUGGAGAAAGAACAAAGACAUCACAGCUGAUGUCAGCCUGUUCGAAAAAUUCUAUGAGAUGCAUCAACAAUUUGUGGAUGAGUCCCAGAUUAUGUUCACAAAGCAAGAAGAGCAGGUUCUUCAGUUCCACAUCAGUAACCUGGAGUAUGCCUGUGGUGGUUCUCUUAAGAAUGUAUCUGCUCUCUCCUGGGAUCAGAAUGAGGCUCUGCCCCAGUUUGCUGGAUCUCAUGUCUUUGUCAAGGGAGGUUACUCUCAAGUGCUGAAUAAGAUGGCAGAAGGGCUUGAUGUCCGGUUAAACCAUCAUGUAUCUAAGAUUGACUUCAGUUCCGAUCCAGUUGUUGUGACCACUACCUCAGGUCAGGUCUUCCAGUCUAAAGCAGUGAUAAUGUCAGUCCCCCUGUCUACUCUGAAGAAUCAUAAGAUACAGUUCCAGCCACACCUGCCCGAGCGUAAGCUGAAGGCUGUCAUUGCCCUGGGAGCUGGGCUAGUAGAGAAGGUUGCGUUGAAAUUUGACAAGAAAUUCUGGAUCAAGAAAACCAAAGGUGAAGAUUUCUUUGGCCAUGUUCCUCCCCAUGAGUCAAAGCGAGGACUGUUCAGCACCUUCUACGACCUGUCUACCUCAAAGACCCCAGAUUGUAAAACUAACAUCCUGGUGACACACAUCACAGGGGAUGCUCUCACGUUGAUAGAGGGGAAAACAGAUGCCGAAAUUGUCACAAUGUGUGUAGCAGUGCUGAGGAAACUCUUUCCUGAAGAGAAUGUCCCAGAGCCGAGCCAGUGGUUUGUGACACACUGGAGGGACCCGUCCAACACAGGCAUGGUGUAUAGUUAUCUGCCUGUUGGAAGAGAAGGCGCUGUCUAUGAUGCUCUUGCAGAGGAUGUGGAGAAGAAGAUAUUCUUCUGUGGGGAGGCAACAAACCGCCAGUUCCCACAAACCGUGACAGGAGCCUAUUUGAGUGGAAUCAGGGAAGCAGAAAAAGUUCUCAUGCAGAUGAUCUCAUGACAUCAAUAGUGACCAGUUAUGAUGAAUAUGUUGGUCAUGUGACUUUAUCAUCCAAUCCGAUUUUCAAGUGUAUGUCAUGAUCUCCAUUAACCAAUCACAGAUCAGAACUUGAUGAUCAGCUGAUCUGGAUGACCAGUCAGAUGUGUUGCUGAGGAUGAUGUAUAUUUAGUUUAGUAGGAACAUCAGUAUAGCAAUUGGUACAUAUCUAGUGUGGAUAUUUGUUCGCUGGUCACAACAUGCUAGGGUAUUGCCUGCAAGAUGGACAUUGUAUACAGAUGUAUCCAUAUACCAGUCAGUUUAUUUUUGUAAUGCAGAGUUGAUGUGAAGUGGUAGAUCUGAAUGAAGUGCUAAAGUGAAAUGUUGUGAGCUGCAUAGGUGGCAGAUGGACUUAACUUAGUGCCGAAAAAGACCAUUGUUUGGAGAAACAGCUGACUCAACAGAAUUGCUGAUCACAGUCAGCGAUCCAAUACGUGAAUGGGUCAAUAUUCUUUAGUUCUAAAUGCGUGUAAUGUAGAUUGAUACAAUGCACAUGGAAAUCAGAGUGUUGGACAACACAAUUCCAUUGUUCGAGACAUGGACAGGAAGAAUAAUAGAAGAUGCCAACAACCUGAAUGUCUACUGGGAGUAUGGCUAUAUUUGUACUGUGUACAAAUACAUGUACAGAAAUAUCUUGUGACGCUGUGCAACAGAAGACAAAUCGAAUAUGAAUCAUUUGUUGCAGAAUGUGAAGUGAUACCUACUAACAGGCAAUAGGUUUUGAACAUAUCAUUAUGAAAACAACAGGAAUAAAUUAUAACCAAUAAAGUGGUUACACUUAGGUCCAGGGCCUGAUGCACAAAGGAAUCGUAGCGAUACAACAGGUAAGUCUAGGAUAAUGUAUGGCAGUUAUUGCUAUCACCUUCGCACACUGACAAUGGGGCCCUUUAGCAACAAGUGAUAAUGGUACGCCUACUAUCACAAAACUGUUUCAUAACAAUUGUGCUACAAUUCCUUUGUGAAACUGGAUGGAAGAUUUUGCCAAGUGAGUCAGUGUUUCAAGUCCCUAUUGAUGAAGUUUCCAGAGCCCAGUCCUAUUUAUUAUCAUUCUAUGGGUAAUCCAGAUUUUUAUCCAUGUAUCAUAUUUCUUGUCUACUGAAUUUAAUUACCGUACAUUUUUCUUUGUAUGAUCCCCUCAGGAUAAUUUCAGCAUGGCUGAUCUUUAAAACAUUUCAGUGCAAUAUGUAGGAUAUCUUUUGUCUGUGGCUCUUCAUGCUUGCUUAAUCAGUCUUAAUCUCAUGGCCCUGUCAAACUGUUGAAUGUACCGUUAAAAUUUGCUUCUUCCAUGAUAUGGCUGGAAUAUUGGUUACUAUGGUGUAUUCACCAGAAAGUAUGGCGGACACAGCACUUGACCAAAGUGCUUCAGUUUAGCAUGUAGAGUUGUGUCCCUUUAGUUUGCCAGAAACCUAUAAUCACAGCUUUAAAUCACAGAUUUGCCUUAAAGACUUGCUUGUAGAUACUCAGCACCAUAUUCAUGGGUUUCAUUGAAGUGAUUGUCCAAAUCGUGUCACUUUGGACAUCACGUCAAGCUGAAAAACCUUCCUAUAUGCGAACAGUGUUAUACCAACUCACCCUGACAUACGUAUGAGGGUACCUUUAAUGGGCACUCUUGGGAAGUAUUUUGGCUGCUGGUUCUUAGAAGUUGUCAACACCUUUCAGAGUUGAGAAACAGUGUGAUGACUGCUGAAAUUUGACAAGGUGGAUUUUGGAAAUCAAACCCAGUUGACUGUACCAUCAUGUUAGAAAAUUAUGUUUGUUGUCCAGUGAUAUAUUUCAUUAAAAUUAUUAUUUUUAUUGAACCAGCUAAUGGUGAAAAGAAUGGCCCAUUAAAAAUACAUCUCACUACAUACCAGACCUAUCAUUGUGUGAUGUAGGUAUUGAUUCACCCUCUAGGGCCUUGCAUUUAACCACCAGCAGGUGCUUAGCUUUUGUCUGCCUUCCUUAGGUCAAAGGACCAGCAUUAAAUUCAUUUUCCUUUAAACUGCUGCUACUAGUUUUAACCUCGAUAUAUUUCAUUAGAACUUGUAACAGCAUCAUAAUCAUAUCAGUUAGAGUGUGUGGUAUAUAUUUUGUUUGUCAGUGACUAGUCACUAGUCAUUGAGUGCUACUUGAAACCCUCUUCACAUGUACAAACUACAAUACGAAGGUGAUGUGUAUUAAUUUAAACAAAUAACAUGCAGAGUAGCCUCCCUUAGUUGACAAGUCAACCCAAAGUCCACCUUGAACUAACAUUUAAGCAUAACUUUCUUAGUUUUAAUAUAGCGAAGACUAAUUGUUGUAGCUGAACUAAGCUGGAUUUAGUUUCAAUAUUUUGACUUUGCCACUUUUUGAACAUGUUUUGAGGUUUUAUGAACAUCACUAGUGUACAUAGGCCUUCUUUUAUUAUCCCUAUUGAUAAAGAGUCGUACUCCAUUUUACCUCUAGUAUGCAUAGUUAGAAUAUAUUAGUGUAAAUCAUUGAGAUUAAAUGGCAUUAGAUGCUGUUGACAUUUGAUUAGAGUCAGUAGAACAGUAGCUGAUGUUGUUUAGUAUCUCCCAUUAUUAGAACAAAAUCUCUUUAAUUUCUUGUAGUAUCAAGAAAUCUGAACAAGAUUGUUGCUGUCAUGUCUGAUCAAGGACUGGGGCUUUGAACUGUUUCAUUUUAAAGUGUUAAUCUUUCUAAAACUCAAACAGAAGGAUAUGUAUGUCAGUAUCCUUGAAAGUUGAAAUGAUUUCAGUGGAAAGAACAUGCAUUUUGAGUCUCAAAAUAUAUUCAUUUUAAACUUCAAAGGAUUGUAUAUUGUAACUGAAUCAAUUCAGUUUACUGUUUUGUCCAAGUUGGCACCAAGUGGGUGACAUUUUGUCUACAUUGUGGAUUGUAUCCAACAUUUGCUGCAUUUACAUUGUAUACAUUUUGUUCUUGCACAAAAAUAUAAUGGUGAGAGUAUUUUAACUGAAAGAGUUGCAAAAGCAAUAUGAUAAGCAAUAAUGUGCUAUGUCCGUUACAUUACCAUUUAUUAUAGAAUUUUGUUUAUUUCAUCAUAUGAAAAAUGAAAUCAGAACCCUUAUUCUCGAAACGUUCGUAGCCCUAAGAAUUCUUAACUUUUAUCGUAGCCAGUGUGUUAAGAAUGGGCUUAAGAAGUUUGUAGUGUUACGAACGUUUCGAGAAUAGCUAGCCAGUUUGUUAUUCAGAACAAAAUGCCAGAGGUUUGUGUUUUGAAAAGCGGAAAAGAAAUGAUUGUAAAGUUUGGUUCUCCCUAUUGUGUGUUGAUAGUAAUGAACUUCCUGAAGUGUCCAUCAAAGGAUUAUAUUUGUCUUCAGACCCGUCAAGGCAUCAGUCUUUAUGCCUUAGCUGUACAGUGUCAGGAAUCAAUUAGUGUGGCACAUGAUAAAAUAUGUCUAGCUUUCA